AUGCCUCCAGCCCACAUUAACCAGCUUGUUAUCCCACCUAAAUCAUCAACUCCUGUGUCCUUUGCGGAAAAUAUACGCGCAUACAUCAAUGAGAAUCUGCCUACUCAUGCGGACGCCUUCCGCACGGACAUCGAGGCGCUGGACCGUCUCAGGAGUAAUGCAUUGACGGGCAUAGAGCAACAAGCGAGUCAGAAGAUAGAAGCACUUCAGACUUACCUUUUGCAUCUGUUGUUGCUCAUCAAACGACUACCCCCAUCGACCCCACCCCGCCUGCCAUACUCCCCGCCGUUCCCACCUGCAUCGUUCGCCCUGACCGCACCGCUUCCCCCCGCAGAGUCGAACUUUCACUGGGAGAUAUGCAAUGUGAUGUGGAAUUUGGGAGCUGCUUGGAGCGCCCGUGCAGGGGAAGAAGGGCGUAAGACAUCGGAGGCGCUUGGGAGGGCCAAGAGAGCUUUUGAGAGUGCCGCAGGUUUAUACCGCACUCUACGGACAGACCAACUUCCCGCCUUGCAAGAGGCCUUAGGAAAAACGAAACCUCUGCCGAUUGAUCUCACUGAGUCAUGGCUCGAGGUUGCUGAGCGUCUCAUGCUGGUGCAGGCUCAAGAGUGCUUCUGGCAGGCAGCUGUAGCAGGUGGUAACAUGAAGAAUGUCACGAUAGCAAAGCUUGCCCUCGCAGUGGCUGAAUUGUAUGAAUCGGUCAACCAGGCAAUGUUUGUUGCGUCGCCUCCAAUAAGUGAUAGCUUUCCGACCGCAUGGCUCUCGCACAUCGAAGUCAAGCGUAGUCAUUUCUUUGCUGCUGCUCAGUUCCGACAAGCCAGUGCCGAUGGGGAAGCGCAUAAAUAUGGAGAUGAGAUCGCCCGCCUGCACUUGGCCGCUGCUCUUGUGAAAAAAGGAUCAGCCGAAGCUAAGAGAGGCGUGAGUCAGUUGGUAACGAACGACAUUGCUUCUCUGUCUAAAGCAAUUAAUGAGAGCACGUCACGUGCUGAACGCGACAAUGACUUGAUCUACCACCAAGACGUGCCCGCAGCUUCAUCUUUACCCCCAAUACAGGCGAGAAAUGUUACCGCACCAGCACCGAUAGACGGAUGGAAGGAUCCCAGGCGGGUGCUGGGUAGUAUGUUGUUUGAACAGCUGAUGCCAUGGGCCGUCACCAGGGCUAUUUUGAUAUAUCAGGAAAGGAAAAAGGAGUGGUUGGAAGACCAAAUUGUUCUGAAAGAUGAAGAACUCGAACAAACAGCUACAAGAACACUGCAAGAGCUUAAUUUGCCUGCUGCUCUUGAUGCUCUUGAGCGUCCCACUGGCCUCCCGCCGUCGCUUUUGGGAAAGGCGGAAGAAGUUCGGAAAGCUGGUGGAGUGAAGAGGGUCCAGGCUUUGUUUGCCGAUGUGGUCAAGCUCGGUGGUAGCAACUCGAAAUUAUUAGAUGAUGCAUAUGAUAUUCUAGACUUGGAGGCAUCUGAAGAUGAAGGAUUGAGGGCUUCUGGCCUGCCGGUGGACCGCCCACUCUCACAGGAAGCAAACGCAGACCUGAUUGAGCAAGCAUCGCGUUAUUCGAAAUUGAUGCAACAAGCGAGAGAGUCAGAUGAGCAGGUCUUGGCUAAAUGGGAAGAAUGGGAGGAGAUAAUCGAGAAGCUUGAACAAGACGAAGAUGCGCUAGAAGAGUAUGUACCGAGUGUAGGUGCUGGUUCCCAGAGGGAUUCCUCGCAAUAUCAGCCGAUGGUACAUGUCCGACAACUACGCAUCCUUCUGGAAUCUCUUGAUGACCUCAAGGAGAACCGACGGCGACUAAGAUCGCAAGCUCGACACUCUAUCGCGACAGAUCCCAAUGGCGAGACAGACAUCGUACACAAAGCCGAGCUCUUGGGAAUGGACAAUUUGGAACCAGAGAUGUUUGAAGAUCUUAUCCAAAGUUUAAUGUCCAAACUCGAGGUUUGGUCGGACAAGAUGAACGACCAGGCCGAACUCUUAUCUGGUCGGCUGGACGAAAUCCGGGAAGAAAAUCUGCUGUUUGAAGAGUUAACUCUGAACGACCCUGUGAUGAAGGAACGGGAACGUGCGCUCCAGGAGCUCGACGUUGCGUAUCAUCGAUAUUCCGAAGUGCUCGGCAACUUGACCGAGGGCCUCAACUUUUAUAACGGCAUGGCACAGUAUCUGAAUGAUCUCCGAGAAAAUUGUAAAGCUUGGGCCCGAGAUAGGCGUGCGGAAGCCGAGCACCUCAGGUCUCUUCAGCACCAGCCAGCGCCAGCACCGUCAGCGCCCGCCGCCUUAGUCCCUCCAGCGUCGCCAACUUUCAGAUCAAUUCGUACACAGCAAGCCGAUUUAGUCGCUUCCCCGUCGGCGGCGGACACCCGAAGAUCCUCUUAUGGUCUGCCAGCGUCAAACUCGCAGUCAUGGAGUGAUGGUUCUCCGCCAUCUCACCCUUCAAGCAACAUACGUGUCCUCAGUUUGGCACCAGAUUUGCCACCGCCAGAUUCUCUAGAAUGGCAAGAGCUGCCACCUCUGCAGCCUCCGACCUCGUCGACCAAGAGCAAAGGCAAAGGGGGCCCUAGGAAAGGGUAUUAG